GCAUGAACACCAAAGAGAAAGAGCACGAUCUCGAGUUGGAAAAAGCUCGCUUGAUUAGCUUAGCCCUCGAUUUCGGCUUCGACCAACCCUCCGCCACCAAAUGCCUCCAUCGCCUCAUCGACCUCUACGGGGAGGAUGGUCGGGAUUUCAUCACGGUGGAGCACUGCGGCGACGAUUUUAUUGCGGCGUUGGCGGAGUCGAUGGAAGAUGCAGAAGAAUGGGAUGAUUUGCAGGGACUGGAAUCGGAGGCUUGUGGUGCAUUGACUCAGAAGGGGAAAGUGGUGGAGUUGGUUUCGAGCGAGGAGGAUGAAGAUAAGGAUGUGGAUUUCAGUUUUCUGAUGGGAAGAGGGAAUUGUGUCACUCCUGCUUCUGCGAAAUCAAUGGAUUGCAGAAGUGGCAUCACUCAAGGCUCAAUUUCAUCCACAUCCAGCAAAACAAAAUUCUACUCAGCAUUAAAGGAAGAAAAUAAUACUCUUAGCUAUGACGAAUUGCAGGCUCUAGAUGAUAUUGAAUUGGCAAAUGUCGUUAUCUUUGGUAAUAGGGCAUUUCGACCAUUGCAGCAUCAAGCAUGCAAAGUAACUUUGGCAAAGCAAGAUUCUUUUAUCCUUAUGCCUACUGGAGGUGGUAAAUCUCUAUGCUAUCAGCUUCCAGCAACCCUUCAACCAGGUGUUACAGUAGUUAUAUCUCCCUUACUUUCACUCAUUCAGGAUCAGAUAAUCACACUAAACCUUAAGUUUGGUAUACCUGCUACUUUCUUAAAUUCUCAACAAACUGCUUCCCAAGCAGCAGCUGUCCUCCAAGAGCUAAGGAAAGACAAACCAUCUUGCAAGCUAUUGUAUGUGACACCUGAGAGAAUUGCUGGCAACCAACCAUUUAUUGAGAUUCUUAAAUGCUUGCAUCGAAAGGGACAACUUGCAGGUUUUGUUGUUGAUGAAGCACACUGUGUUAGCCAAUGGGGACAUGAUUUCCGGCCUGACUAUCGCGGAUUAGGAUCACUUAAGCAAAACUUUCCUCGUGUACCUGUCAUGGCAUUGACAGCAACUGCAACCCACUCAGUUCGUGAGGACAUUUUGAAUGCUUUAAGAAUCCCCCAUGCACUUGUUCUUGAAAGAAGUUUUGACAGACCAAACUUAAAGUAUGAAGUGAUUGCAAAGACUAAGGAACCGCUGAAGCAGCUGGGACAGCUGCUAGUGGAUCGUUUCAGGAAUCAGUGUGGAAUUGUUUACUGCCUCUCGAAAAGUGAAUGUGUCGAGGUCUCCAAAUUUUUGAAUGAGACAUGUCAGACUAAAACGGCGUAUUACCAUGCUGGCAUGGCUGCCCGCCAAAGAGUUGCUGUUCAAAGGAAAUGGCAUGAUGGAGAGGUUCAUGUUGUCUGUGCAACUAUUGCUUUUGGAAUGGGGAUAGACAAAUCUGAUGUUCGCUUCGUUGUCCAUAAUACAAUGUCAAAAUCAGUUGAAAGUUAUUAUCAAGAAUCAGGAAGGGCCGGAAGAGAUAAUCUUCCUGCAGUUUGCAUUGUAUUGUACCAGAAGAAGGAUUUCAGCCGAGUAGUAUGCAUGAUAAGAAAUGGUCAAGGAUAUAAAAAGGAGAGCUUUAAGACAGCGAUGGAUCAAGCGAAAAAGAUGCAACAGUACUGUGAACUUAAGGUUGAAUGUCGGAGACAAACUUUACUCAAACACUUCGGAGAAUCUUUUGACAGAAAAGGCUGCAAGUAUGGAUCUAAUCCAUGUGAUAACUGUCUCAACACUGCACUAUGAGUUGUUGUUACAUUCAAUUUUCGAGUAUGAUAUUCUAACAUACUCUGGAACAGUGUACCUUGGAAGCUUUUUGUUUUUGCUACUUAUUCUAUUUGUAUAUCUCUAUUGUAGAUUUGCAUUUGCGUAGCAAGUUGUUCCUAUUUCUAGAAGUUGUGAAUUCUACUCUCGACAUUGCAUUGCAAUUAAUUACUUUCAGA